AUGCUUCACAUCCUCCACAAGGAUAAGGGAGCAGAUGCCGAGAAGGGUAAGAGCAACUCAGAGAGUGCAACAGAAGAGAACUUUGUCAAUGGCAGGACAGAGGGGGGCAGACAGAGGGGGGCAGAGAGGGGGCCGUCACCCCUGCCUGCCACCCAGUACCCCAGGGGUUACUCCACCCAGUACCCCAGGGGUUACUCCACCCAGUACCCCAGGGGUUACUCCACCCAGUACCCCAGGGGUUACUGCACCCAGUACCCCAGGGGUUACUCCACCCAGUACCCCAGGGGUUACUCCACCCAGUACCCCAGGGGUUACUGCACCCAGUACCCCAGGGGUUACUCCACCCAGUACCCCAGGGGUUACUCCACCCAGCGCAUCAGGGGUUACUCCACCCAGCGCACCAGGGGUUACUCCACCCAGUGCUACAGGGGUUACCCGUGUGUGAAGGAGUUCUAA